AUGAAGGUCGCUGUGGUCAAUCCGCGGCCCGGUCAGAGUCCGAUCUCGAUCGCGAUCAACGAAAUGUCGAAGCGGAAAUCUCCGUCUGUCGUGGCGAUAUCCAACGGCGAUAGGCUCCUGUCAGAGGAAGCCGUUGGAAUCGCUGCGAGGUACCCCGAUCGCGUGUACACACGAGCAAGGGACAUGGUCGGCGUUCCAGUAGAUGAGGUUAAGGAACUACUAAAAAGCAGCUAUCUUCCGUACGAUGUCGUCGGAGGGGAUGGGAGGCCGGAAGAAGAAACGGAAGACGACUCAAUGGAGUCGGAAGUCAUCAGCGAGGUGACGUCAGAUACAGACGGCGACUCGGCUUCGGAGCGGUCGUCAGGCAAGGACAAGGCGAAGAAAUUGAAGCGGAAGCGUCCGGUGCGGAUUCGAACCCACGACCGCUCGACGGAGUACUCCGCUGAAGAGCUGCUCGCGAUGCAGCUGGGUUACGCCAAGGGACUAGCGGAUGCUCACGGAAGAACGGGGAUUGUGGACGCUGUCAUUAGCGUUCCCGCGUACUUCUCCCAGAGCCAGAGGCAGUCGAUUAUUGACGCUGGCGCUCUGGUUGGCGUGAAUGUGAUGGCGUUGAUUCAGGAGCAUGCGGGAGUUGCGCUGCAGUACGGCAUGGAUAAGGAUUUCAGCAAUGGCAGUCGACAUGUGGUUAUCUUCGACAUGGGUGCCACGUCGACCUAUGCGGCCGUGAUUUAUUACUCGGCGUACGCGACGAAGGAGCGCGGGAAGAGCAUCACUGUGAACCAGUUUCAGGUGAAAUCCGUGAGAUGGAACGCGGAUCUGGGGGGGCAGACGCUGGAGGCGCGCAUGCUGGAGCACUUCGCGGACGAGUUCAACGCGAAGCACAGCGGUGUGGAAAUCCGCACGUCGCCCAAGGCCAUGGCGAAGCUGAAGAAGCAGGUGAAGCGCACCAAGGAGAUCCUCAGCGCCAACUCCGAGGCCCCCAUCUCUGUGGAGUCGCUCUACGAUGAUCAUGACUUCAGAUCAUCCAUCACUCGGGAGAAGUUUGAAGAGCUGUGUGCGGAUGUGUGGCCUCAAGUGGUGGCACCGCUGCAAGGGGCGAUAGCUGACGCCAACAUCACCAUGGACGACAUCUAUGCCGUGGAGCUCGUGGGGGGAGCGACUCGUGUUCCUAAAGUGCAGUCUGUGCUGACGGAGGCACUGGGUGGCAACCGCUCGCUGGAUCGCCACCUGGAUGCUGACGAGGCGCUCGCUCUAGGCGCGUCCUUGCUGGCAGCGAACCUGAGUGACGGAUUCAAGCUCAACCGUCGGAUCGGCAUGAUCGACGGGCUGCCGUUUGCUGUCAAGUACCGGGUGGAGCCUUUGCCUGUGGAUGCGGGUGCUGGGGGUGAUGGUGGGGCUGGCGAGGCAGUGGAUGGAUCAGAAGGGUCUGUGGUGGAGGAGAUGCUGUUUCCACGAUUGAAGAAGAUGCCCAUUAAGAUCAUCCGGUCGCUGAAGGAGCAAACGAGUGACUUCACCCUCUCGUUCCUGUACGAUGAUUCACAGGGCCUGCCCCCCCGGUGGCCCAAGGGUGCUCCCAUUUCCACUCUGCACGUGUCUGGCGUGGCCAAGGGCAUUGCCAAGUACUCGGGGUACAACCUGACGCACCCCAUCAGGGCGAGCCUGCACUUCCACCUGACCCGCAGCGGCACAGUGGGGCUUGAGAAGGCAGAGCUGGUCGUUGACUUCUCUGAAUGGAUUGAAGUGCCGGUUAUCCCGCCCCCGUCCGCUGCCAACGCCACUGCUAACGCCACUGCCAAUGCAACUGCGAAUGCCACUGCUGCCAACGCUACUGGUGACGGUGCUGCGGGUGGUGCUGGUGAUGAUGGGUCAGAGGCAGCUGCAGCGGAGAAAGAUGUUUCAGCAGGAGAGGGCAGCAGUGACGUUGGGAGCGAAGGCGCAGGAGAGAAGGGAGAGGGCGAGAAGGGUGGAGAGGAGGCGGGGAAAGACGGGGAGAAGAAGGGGGAGAAGGAAGGAGAGAAGGAGGCAGAGGCGCCUAAAGUGCAGAUGAGGAAGAAGCUAAGGAAGAGGACGAUCAGGGUGCCUCUGCAGGUGUCUGAUACGACUGAAGGGUUCCAGCGCAUGAUGACGGACGAGGAGAUGACAGAUGCCGAGAUCCGAUUGGACAAGCUGAAGAAGAGGGACGAGGAGAAGCGAGCCGUUGCUGAGGCGAAGAACACCCUGGAGGCUUAUAUCUACUCCAUGAAGGAUAAGAUGGAAUCAGAGGAGGAUCUGAUCAAGGUCACCACGCAGCAACAGCGCGACUCCUUCCGCUCCCAGCUAGUUGAUGCCGAGGACUGGCUAUACAUGGAUGGGGAGAACGCCAAGGCAGCAGAGUUCAAGGCCAAGCUGGGUGACCUCAAGAAAACCGGAGAUGCCUUCAUGUUCCGCAAGAACGAGCUGACUGCUCGCCCUGCUGCUGUCGGUGUUGGCCGUUCCUUUGCCGACUCCACGUAUGAUCUACUGGAGUCGUGGAGAACCGAGAAGCCAUGGUUGAACGCCACCACUGACAUUGACCCGGUUUUGUCUGACGUGGAGGGCUUUAUUAAGUGGCUUGACGAGAAGACAGCAGCUCAAGCCAAGAAGCGUGCUCAUGAGGACCCAGCCUUUUCAUCGAAGGAGGUCUACAGCAGAGUGGAUACCAUCGAAGCCAAGGUGAAUCGUGUCAAGCGAAUCCCGAAGCCGAAGCCCAAGAAGGUUCCUGCACCUCCCUCUUCCCGCAACGCCACCACCAGCAACAACACCACUGGUGCUUCUGAUUCUACCACUGAAACCCCUUCCUCCUCUUCCACUAAGGACAAAAGUGCCUCCCCGCCACCGGCCGGCGGUGAGGAGAAAGGAAAGGGCGAGGAGUGGAAGGAUGUGCGAGAUGAGUUAGCUGGAGUUGGAGCUGGAGUUGGAGCUGGAGUUGGCACUGGAGUUUCUGGUUCUGGGGGUGCUGGAGUUGGAGCUGGGGUUGGAGCUGGAGUUUCUGGUUCUGGAGUUGGAGCUGACCAGGUGGGUGCAGAGGACUCUUGUCGUCCGGGAGCUGGUGCUGGCCGCGCGGACACUGGGGGUGCUGCGUCUGGGGGUGAGGGUGCGCCUCCUUCUGGUUCAGGUGAGCCUGGGUCUGGAGCUGGUGUUAGUGCUGCCUCUGGGGGUGGUGAGCCUAGUUCUUCUGGAGUGGACUCUGGAGCUGCCGCUGCUUCGGACACUACUCCGCCCCCCCACCCCUACCCGACUAGGCACCAGGCUCGUGUUCGCCGUGCCCGUGACGAGCAGCUGGCGUUGGAGAGAGAGGAGAGGGAGUUACAGCGGCUGGAGGAGCAGCAGCAGCAGCUGGAGCCGCAGGAGCAGCAGCAGCAGCAGCAGCAGCAGCAGCUGGACCCGCAGGAGCAGGAGUCCCAGCAGCAGCCGCGUCCGCAGCAGCAGCAGUCACAGCCGCAGCAGCAGCAGCCACUUCCUCCUCCUGUCUCGGGUCUUCGGAUCCUUGGUCUCCCCUCCCCUUCUCCUCCCUCCUCCGCCUCUCCUCCUGUCUACGGUCCCACGUUUCCUCCUCCUGACUCCUCCCCCGCUGUUUUCCCCAGUUCUCCGCCCUUGUCCUCUUCUCCUCCGUCUCGUUCUUGGGCUACUCGUCGCUCCCCUCGUGCUCGUCCCUCGUCUUCUGUUCCCUUCACUGACCUUCGUACUGCCUUCCUUCUUUCUAGUCCACCUCGUCCGUCUCAGUCUGUGCUUCCAUCUCCUCCUGAGUCGGCCCUCACUGUGUCGCUCCCUACUCCUGUCACUGACUACUACCGCACGUACCGUCCUGUUCUCUCUCGUGUUCUCGCCUCUCUUGUUACUCACCCUCGUGCCUCUGUGUCCUCUGUGUCCGCUCUUACUGCCGCAGUUACUGACUUUGCCUCUACCCGCCGCCUUGACUACGCCACCACGCUUGUGGCUGCUCCUCCUACCAGUCCUCUGGCCGUCGGGGGUGUGUCUGCCCUUGGCUGUGACGCCCUAGAGGACAGGCAGUUUGAGCUAGAGUUCCUGGCGGCCGCUUCCCCUCAUCUCUGUGCCAUGCUCCUCGCCCCUGAGGGUGACCCCGACGCCCUUGACAUUCCGACUCCUCGCACUUACGCUGAGGCAGUGUCAGGGCCUUGGGCCUCUCAGUGGAGAGCUGCCAUGGACGCAGAGAUGGCCUCCUACAGAUCCACAGGCACCUACGUCGAUGAGGUUCCCCCCCCUGGGGCGAACGUAGUCGACGGCAUGUGGAUCUACAGGGUGAAGCGGCCACCGGGAUCUCCCCCGGUCUUCAAGGCGCGCUACGUGGCUAGAGGUUUCAGUCAGCGUGAGGGAGUUGACUUCUUUCAGACCUUCGCACCUACCCCGAAGAUGACCACUCUUCGGGUGUUACUACACGUAGCAGCACAGAGAGACUACGAGUUACACUCUCUCGACUUCUCCACUGCUUUCCUUCAGGGCAGCCUACACGAGGAGGUCUGGUUGCGUCGUCCCUCGGCGUUCACUGGCACCUUCCCUCCUGGGACCCACCGUCUUCUGCCGACCCGUCGCUGUUCGUUCGUCGUGGCUCCACACCGUUCUUUGUUCUGGUUUACGUCGACGACCUAG